AUGAAAGACCUCGCUGCGCUGAAAGCUGCGAAACGAGCCGCUGAAGCUGCCGCAAAAAAAAAACGCGAAGAAGAUCUUGCUCGAGAAAAUGAAGAGUUUGCGAACAUUGCCGGCGGUGCAGCAGAUCCAGCAGAAGUUUAUCGUAUAAUGGCAAAACGACACGCACGAGAAAUGGAAGAUUUAGAACAAGCAUUUUUCAGAGACCAAGAAAUGGCAAAACUUGAGAAACAGAACAAAAUUAGAGAAGAGCGCAUGAAACUUCGCGAAAACAUAACUGAUCCAGAAGAACUGGCUAAAUUCGACGCUGAAACUGAACGGCUUCUUGCAGAAGCAGCAAAGAUGACACCAGAAGAUCAACUUGAGCUGAUUAGACGCAAAAAUGAACUGAAAGAACGGCAAAUGAAGGAGGUUCAAGAUGCGCUAGAAAAACUAUCACCUGAGUAUGCAAUGAAACUUGAUGCAGAACGAAAAGCGCAGCAAAAAGCUGAAAUGGAAAAAGCCUCAAGAGAGGAAGCAGCAAAGGCAAUGGCUCUUGAGAUCGAACGGCAGAAGAAAGAAAAGCUCAGACGGCUCGAACAGCUUGAGGCGGAGCAACGCAGAAAGGACGAAGAAAUGGCGAAAAAGGCGCAAGAAGAAGCUGCUGCGGAACGCGCAAAAUUAGAAAAACGAAAAGCGAUGGAGGAAAAGCGACUUGAGCAGAAAACUCAAUCAAAGAUCCGAGAAGCCGCUUCUGACGAAGACGUUGAUCAGCUUAUGGCCGAUCUCAAUGCUCAGAAAGACAUUCUCAACGCCAAGUACGCCAACCGACACGCUGCUCAUCGAAAACAAAUCGAAGAGCGUCUCCGAGCUCGACAAGUCAAAAAUGCCCAGAAAGCACAGCUUGAAGCCGAGUUAUCCGAUCUCAACCAACUUGACUUUUCUCUUCCUACAGAAGAAGAGCUUCGUGAGCAAGUUCUACAGCUUGACGUCAGCGAGUAUGCAGCGAACCCUCUCGCGAUUUUGAAAGAGUUGCCUGUUAUGAAGAGCAUUCAAGAGUUUGAAAAGCGAAUUGCCGAGCAAAUGACGCUAGAUGCAAAUAAACCGGUGAAAGGCUCAAUCGGAAUGCCGUUUAUCGACGUCUUCGACAUCGAAAAUCCAACAAAUGGAGAAUUGAGCGUCAUUGAAAAGUGCCCUGAAGAGCUCAAGCCCAAUUUCGAAAUGGCAACGAGACUUAUGGACGAACUUUGCUCCCGUGUCAACGCUCAGAUUCCGACGCUUCUGAUCGCUGAAACGCUUCCACAUACAAAUUACAGCCAUAAUGUCUUCAGAAACUCCUAUUUCUUCGAUUCUAGAGCCAACCUCGGAUACAUCCACGUUUCAAGAAUGAGAGAACCAGGCCAACUUGCUCUUCUCAUCGCGCAUUUUGCCGCGCAUUUGAAAGUGAACGAGUUUACGAACGAUUCCGACCUCGGUUUCCUUUCCGCUUUCUUUGAAACUAUCCGAAUCUUGCUGCAUCUAUCUGCCAAGACGACAUCCAUGGAUCAUUCACGUGCCGCCGCGGAUCACGAUCUUCUGGAAUCACGAGUCUAUGGUCCUGCUUUGAGCUACCAGCCGAUCAAGGAUGGAAUUGUCAAUCUAAGAUACGACCGAAAGAAAGAGCUUGCUGUCGCUGAACAACCGUCAAGGGCAAUUAUGCAAAAUGGUCAGCCGACAAAAGCAACCAAAUCUCGUCACCGUGAUCAUCUAACUGAACUCGAAGGAGAAACCAAUCUCGAACUAGAGCAGCUUCGAAAAGGAAAAGCUCUUGCUUCAAAAGCUGGAGAAAAACAACUCGCGGAGGAACUGGAAAUUUUGAUUCAAGAGAAGAUCAAGAUGAUCGAAGGAAUUCACGACAAAGCUUAA